GGUCGAUGGAUGGACAGAUGUAGAACGUACCAACAGGGCGCUUUGCCAAAAGCAAAUCAGCAGGUGGUUGGUGGUGGUUUUAAUCGAAACGCGUAAAAAUAAAAGUACGCCAACAGAUGGCCAAAUAGGAUUUUAACAACGAACCGUCGAUUUUUCAUUUAAGCUUCGCACUGCUAACAAAAAACCUCAAAAGAGCCUUAGGUGAAUCGUGCAAUAUUGAAUUUGGAAAUCGUCGCCUUGUCGUUGAAACAAUUUAUGACACCCUUUGUAUAAAUGGCUGCCAUUGAGAACAUUUUGAACAAUGCAACUUCAUAAUUUCCGCUUGUUAUAUAACCAACCAAUUUGAGGCGAUUUCGGUGUAAUGAAUCCGAAACAAUUAGCUACCAAUUUUUUUACUAUUUGCUUUUCGGUGGCGAUUGUUUCCAAAAUUUUCUAUUUUUGAAAAAAGAAAAUUAAAAACUAAUAUAGAAUUUGGCAACGUCUAAAUGUUAUUCAACUUAGGAAGCUUCAACCUUCAGCCACGGACAAAAACGUCAUUAUCACUUUUCGAUCGGAAGAGGUUGUUUCAAUAAAAUUUCACCGCAUUUAAAUAGUUAAAAUGUGGGCUAAAGUCGUCACGCUGCUGUGCGUUUUACAUUCGAUGGAAGCGGUCUUUAUGAUCACGCUGCCAUCGGUUGAAGUGGAGAAGAAAAUCGAAGAGUUGGGAAAACGUAAACCCUAUUUGAUGCUAUCUCCAAACGAUGCUUCGUCGACACCCAAGAAUUUGACCAACAUCGAAGGGGAACUUCACAGACAACCAACCGAAGCUAAAAAUCUAGUCGAUUUGGCCGAAUCGCUCAAUUUAACAACUCUCGUCAAAGCGUUGGAACAGACAGGCUUGGAUGACAUUAUUGACCAUGAAGGGAAGUACACUUUGUUUGCUCCAACGAAUGAAGCUUUUCUCAAUAUUCCAAAAUGGGCAAGCAACAUUCCGUUAAAGGAACUUCUCAGUUUUCAUGUAGCUCGUGGUCUCAUCCAUGCUGAUGAAAUCCAAAAUGACAUGUUGGCUCGGUCCAUUCUCUCCAAGCGUGACAUUCGCUUAAACAUUUACAAGAAUGGAGAUGUAGUUACUGCAAAUGGCAGCCCCAUCACUGCUGUCAACUUCACAGCUCAUAAUGGCGUUCUCCACAUCAUCGACCGCGUAAUGGUAUCUAUCUACGAGCGCGGAGGCACCAUUGUUAAGCAAUUGGGUCGAUGCCCUUCCUUUAAGACUCUUACAAAGUUGAUCACCAUCGCCGGACUGAAUGAUGCCCUGCACGCAAAAGGACCUUUCACUCUCUUUGCCCCAUCUGACGAUGCUUUCGCCAAGAUGCCUGCAGAUUGCAUCAAACAUUUGGUUGAUAACCCACCUAUGCUUCGUCAAGUUCUGCUCUUCCACGUUGCCCAAGGAAGUUGGUUCAGCGCUGGUCUCGAAGAUGGUAUGUCAUUGGAAUCUCUUCAGAAUUCAAAGCUGUCCGUCACCAUCCAAGAAAGCUCUGUUAUGAUCGGCGGAAAAGCUACGGUAACCGGACCAGAUGGUCUUGGCAGUAAUGGGGUUAUCCACGGCAUCGACAAUGUGCUCAUUCCUCCAUCAAUGGAAAAGAAAAUGGCCAAAUUCAUGUUGAAAUCGGCCAAGAAACAAAGGCGUCUCAUUGGGUCGAACAAAGAUUAAAUUUGAAUGAAUUAAGUGUACUGUCACUACUCCCCAAUUUAAGUUUUGACUUCUCUUUACAGUACACGUAAACGAUUAUUAGUCUUUCUCAGGCCUUGAUAGUUUUCUGCGAUAUCUUCGAAUCUUCGUUGUAGAAAUACACAAUUCAACGAUCUUA